AUGUUCAACAACAGAAAAAACACCCAGAAACCCGGUGGCGAUUUGAUCGAAAGAUUCCAGAAGACCUUCCCCGACAUCAUCCCCUCAGAACAACAAUCUCACCGCAAUGUGGCUUCCCUCAACCAGGCCCCUGGGGCGCCCAUCACUCCGAAUAGGGUCGGUUUAGAAAAUGACGGCACUUACCACGGCGGCCACGACAUGAGAUUCGGACCAACGUUCGUCGACCCGACCUCCCUCUCGUUUAUGAACUCCAUGAGCCAGCAGACUGGCUACUACACGCCGAACUCUGGUGGAUUGGGAACGGUGUUUCACAACCAGGCGGGCGACCUACAUACACCAAACCUAGGCAUCAACUUGAUGAGCCCACUCUCACUUGGGCAUCAAGUGAGUGGCGCGAAUCUCUCGGCCGACGGUUCAUCCAUGGGACUAGAUCCAUUCAGCCAGCAAUUUAUGCCCCAUUAUCAAAAUCCGCAAGCAUAUGCGCAGCAAGCAACCUUUGCGCCCGGCGCAUUGGUCCAUCGUGAUUCAGGUUAUGAUGCCAUAGACGAAUCUGUGGAUGGACUGUCUCUAAAUGAUAUGGAAUUGCAGGCGAAUGCAUCUUCACAACUUGUCGAUCCGACUGUACCGUCCUCGGGACAGCUGGACGCUGAGGCCCCUGGCGAGAAGUUCCGCUAUCACACCACAUUACGGGCACCGACCGCCAUGGUCAAGGACCUCAACGAAAUUCCCGUCUCAUAUCUCAACAAGGGACAGGCCUACUCGUUAUCCGUUGCCGAUACAACGCCACCUCCGCGAACUGCACAGCCCGUCAAAUACCGAACCUUCGUCCGUGUUUCUUUCCAGGACAAGGAGCAGCGAUCGAAGCCCGCCUCCUGUUGGCAGCUCUGGAAGGAAGGACGAGGGUCUAACGAAGCCCAUCAACGCGGUGGCAAACUUCAGGCAGUGGAGUAUGUGGAUCCGAUUCAAGGCGGCUUGGAAGACCAAAAGAACCGACAAAUUCAACUUGAGAGCUCGUCCUUUGAUGGAUUCUGUGUCACCUGGACCGCCAACCCGGCUACUGGCACUCCGGACUGCGCAAUUUCUGUUCGAUUCAAUUUUUUGUCAACCGACUUCAGUCACUCCAAGGGUGUUAAGGGUAUUCCAGUUCGACUUUGCACCAAGACGGAAUUGGUUUCCCCAGAAGAGACAGAGAACAAAGAAUCCGAAGUCUGUUUCUGCAAAGUCAAGCUAUUCCGGGACCAUGGUGCUGAACGGAAGCUUUCGAAUGACAUUGCCCACGUGAAGAAGUCGAUAGAGAAGCUUAGGCAACAGAUUGCGCAGGCUGAAAUGGGUGCUGGCAACUAUGGCAAACGGAAGCGUGUCAAUGGAUCGAUGUCAGACGCGCGCCCUUCGAAGAUCACCAAGCACCGACGGGCCUGGUCAAUGGGCUCCCAGGAUGGCUCCGAUAGGAUGUCCAUGGAAGAUGAUCUCCAUGUGAAACUAGCGUUGAUGCAGGAAAUGUUCACAUCAACGCGGCCCGUGAGCAUUUUGUCACUGCGUGGCGACGAGCAAGAUGACCCCGAUCUGUUCCCGGUUCAACUCUCCGACGCGCGCGGUCCUAGCAAGAAAGAGAAGAUGGGGUCUCAGUUCGGCAGCGCAGACGGGUUAAGCUCUCAGAAUCUAUCUCCUCUUAGCAGCUCCAUCUCGUUGAACUCCCCGUUUACCUCGACCAAUCUGCAACAGUUCACCUUUGAAUCGGGGAGUCGCUCGUCUGUGGGUGCCUUCCAGGAAUCUUCUGAGAGUUCCGACGAUAAGUCGGUCUUGAAGCAUCCGGUGAAGAUACAACGAGCCAACACUUCGGAUUCCAAUGUGUCCUUAGGCUUCAUUGAGGCAGUAGAUAUCGAUCCCGCAUAUCGGCCUCCUACUGAGUCUCCACCCAAGCCCAUCGCAUGUUUCUAUGUCCGCUUCCCGCGAAACGACAAACAUCAAGACGACUACUACAGAGCGGUCUACCUCACAGAACUGACGGUUCGGGAUUUGAUGGAAAAGAUCUCGAUGAAACAACAUAUCGACCCUCGACGAAUUGUCCGCAUUCUCCUCGUCAAACAGAACGGGUUGAGAAUCAUGGUAGAUGAUGAUGUGGUCCGCGAACUUCCCGACGGUCAGGAUAUGAUUGCCGAGAUCUCCGACACAUCAGCCCUUAACGCCCCAUCAGCCACCAGUCAAGAAGAAUCCCCUAACGCGGGUGUGGAGGUCAAAUUGAGAUAUUAA